AUGGCCGAUUACCCUCCAGCGCUUGCAAUUGACGACCAAUUUCGCCCUGCCGUGCAAACACAGGGCUCAAUGAAGGCCCUGUUCCUAGAUGACUCUGGCAUGAUCACGAACAAACGGCUCCAGACCCCUCUGGCAUUCCUGGGUGUGGUGCCGCCACGGAAUAUCGAGGUCCUCACCAUCAUGGAUGACCUGGCGCUGCAGAAUGAGGACCACAUGGAGAAGUAG